AUGGAUAAUCUUGAUCCCAAUUCUAGUUUACAAGUAGAGAAAUUACGAAACAGGAAAAGCAGGGCUGUAUGGCAGAAUAACAACACUACUACUCAUAAUAAUCCUUAUGCUAAUUUAAGCACUGGUGAAAAAAGUAGGAGUCGCCAUAACACUGGUAGUUCUUAUGUUUCUCCAUAUGGCGGUGGUAAUGGAGAGGAGAAUGCUUAUACUGGGAAUAAUAACAAAUCAAAUACUAGUGGUAAUUUAUUACAAGUUCCUGGAGCAGGAGGAGGAGGAGAUUUGAAUUCUAAUAAGAAACAAAGUCGAAGAAUGAGUAUUCAUGUGUCAGCUCGUCAACAUGGAAGAUCAUUUUCACAAACUGGUCCAAUUGAUAUGGCAAAUUUACCGGCAUUACCUAAAAUAGGUGGUGUUACUACUAGUGGUGUUGGCGGUGCUGGUGGUGAUGUUAUGACAAGGACUGGGGGAUUGACGAUAGAACAAAAAAUAUUCAAAGAAUUAAGUCAAGGAUCAGCAGCUGAAGUUGAUGAUUAUUACAAGACAUUAUUGAAACAGAAGAAUUUAAUCACUCGUGACAUUAAGGAUAAUAUUAAUCAGAAUCAAAAAAAUAUUUUACAAUUAACAAAAGACUUGAAAGAGACCCAAGAAGAAUUGAUUGAAUUGAGAGGAACCACUAAAGAAUUAUAUGAAGUUUUAGGUUAUUUCAAAGAAUCAGCUCAACGUAGAUUAGAAUUGGAAUUUGAACCAGAAACACAAAAAGAACUUCAUCUGCCUCAAAAAAGUAAUCAAUUGGGUAUUCCCAGUAAUAAAAAGAAAGAUCGAUCAUCAAUUAUGGUGCUUAAAAAAAUGUGGGAUUCUCAAUUACAAUCAUUAUUUAAACAUGUUGACGGUGCAUCAAAAUUUGUGCAACCAUUACCCAAUAGACACAUUGUCGCGGAAAGUGGACGAUGGUUUGAAGUUAAUGUGGGGAAUUGGAAACCAAGUUAUCCAACUCAUUUAUUUAUAUUUAAUGAUUUAAUUUUAAUUGCCGUUAAAAAAUCAUCAUCUAGUAGUCAGGAACCUACUACAGGGGGAAGUAAUGGUGGUUCAAAAUCGAGAUUACAAGCGGUUCAAUGUUGGCCCUUAACUCAAGUAUCAUUACAACAAAUCAAAUCACCGAAAAAAGAUGACGAUAAGAUGUAUUUUAUCAAUCUUAAAUCCAAAUCUUUAAGUUAUGUAUACCUGACGGAUCGUUAUGAUCAUUUUGUGAAAGUUACGGAAGCAUUUAAUAAAGGUAGAAAUGAAAUGAUUCAAAGUGAAAGAUUAUUAGAUUCAAGACUUUCAUCUCCUUCAAAUAAUAAUGGAGAUUCUAAAGAAGAGAAACGACAAUUACGGGAAUCAUUAAGAAACUCAGGCAAUUAUAAAGAAGGAGUUACUGAUGAUGCCGGUGGAGCUGCAACUGGUGGUGGUAGGAAAAGUGCCGGUACUCCUAAUAGAAAUAGUACUGAUUACGUUUUACAUGAUAUAUCUGCUCGAGUACAUUCACGUAAUCGAUCACAAGAUUUAGGGAAUAAUUUCAAAUUAGCUAAUAAUGGGAAAUCACAAUUUUUCAAUGAAAUCAAAACUUUAGAAGAUCGAUUAGAUGAUGUUGACGUUGAAAUAUCACAUAAUCAAUAUGCUGAAGCCGUGGAAUUAAUAUCAAUAAUUGAAUCUAAAUUACGUAAUAUUGAAAAUGCAUUAACUAAUCAACGUAAUGGAGGUAAAAAUGUCAAUAUUGCUGAUGAAUUAUUACUUUUAGAUGUAUCAAAAUUGAAAAUUAAAAAUCGGAAAGAAAAUGUAUCUAAUGGAUUAAUAUUUGAUUUACAACAUAAUAUAGCUAAACUUAAACAAGAUGAUAUUGAUAAUAUUUUGACGUUAUUUGAUAAUUUAGAACAAUUAGAUCGAGGGGUUCAAGGAUAUUUGGAUUCAAUGUCAGCUUAUUUAUCAACUACAGUAUCAAAAUUAAUUGUUGGUUUACAAGGAUCAACGAAAAUCGAUGUUGUUAACUAUCUUUCCAAUUUAAUGGUAAUUAAUGUAUCGAUUGUGAAACGUACAAUUCAAACUUAUGAACAAAUAAUUGCUCCAAUUUUAAAACGUCAUGGUGAUGUUGAUUCAAGUGGAUUGAUUAAUUGGUGUAUUGAUGAAUUUACUAAACUUUGUAAACAAAUUAAAAAACAUUUGUAUGGAACAUUGUUGAUAUCUUCUGGGAUUAAUAUGGAAACUGAUGAACCAAUUUAUAAAGUUAAAGAAAGAAAAUUAUAUGAUAAUUUCUUGAAGAUUAUGCAACCACAAUUGGAAGAAUUAAAACUGGUGGGAUUAAAUGUUGAUUAUAUAUUUGAGUCUAUAUUAAAUCUUGAAUAA